AUGCAACCCACUCGACUCUAUGCUAAGUUAUUGUCAUCAUGUGCCGUUCUGUGGGCGCCCAGGCCCCCUCUCUCAUCAUCUCUCCCUGCCUUUCCUGUCUCUCCCAAGGCCUUACCAACUUCCUCAGACGCGGCCAACCACCACCGCCGCUCCACUCUACGCCCUCACUCUACUGGUGCUGCUGUUGCUGGUGGUGGUGCUGGUGGUGGUGGUGGUGGUGGUGGUGCUGCUGCUGCUGCUGCUGCUGGGGCUUGUGCUGUUGCUGCUAUUGCAGCUGGUGCUUGUGCUGUUGCUGCUACUGCAGCUGGUGCUUGUGCUGUUGCUGCUACUGCAGCUGGUGUUGGUGCUGGUGGUGGUGGUGCUGCUGCUGUUGACUGCCUUCGUUCCCACACCUCUCUUAGAACUCCUGGCGCCACGGUCAAACCCCACCGCGCCCUUUCGCUAAUGUCAGCAGCCACCAUCCCCUUCCACCAGAGCAGCAGCUCGGCUGGAGGGCUGGAGCUGGAGCUGGAGCUGGAGCUGGAGCUGGAGCUGGAGCUGGAGCUGGAGCUGGAGCUGGAGCUGGAGCUGGAGCUGGAGCUGGAGCUGGAGCUGGAGCUGGAGCUGGAGCUGGAGCUGGAGCUGGAGCUGGAGCUGGAGCUGGAGCUGGAGCUGGAGCUGGAGCUGGAGCUGGAGCUGGAGCUGGAGCUGGAGCUGGAGCUGGAGCUGGAGCUGGAGCUGGAGCUGGAGCUGGAGCUGGAGCUGGAGCUGGAGCUGGAGCUGGAGCUGGAGCUGGAGCUGGAGCUGGAGCUGGAGCUGGAGCUGGAGCUGGAGCUGGAGCUGGAGCUGGAGCUGGAGCUGGAGCUGGAGCUGGAGCUGGAGCUGGAGCUGGAGCUGGAGCUGGAGCUGGAGCUGGAGCUGGAGCUGGAGCUGGAGCUGGAGCUGGAGCUGGAGCUGGAGCUGGAGCUGGAGCUGGAGCUGGAGCUGGAGCUGGAGCUGGAGCUGGAGCUGGAGCUGGAGCUGGAGCUGGAGCUGGAGCUGGAGCUGGAGCUGGAGCUGGAGCUGGAGCUGGAGCUGGAGCUGGAGCUGGAGCUGGAGCUGGAGCUGGAGCUGGAGCUGGAGCUGGAGCUGGAGCUGGAGCUGGAGCUGGAGCUGGAGCUGGAGCUGGAGCUGGAGCUGGAGCUGGAGCUGGAGCUGGAGCUGGAGCUGGAGCUGGAGCUGGAGCUGGAGCUGGAGCUGGAGCUGGAGCUGGAGCUGGAGCUGGAGCUGGAGCUGGAGCUGGAGCUGGAGCUGGAGCUGGAGCUGGAGCUGGAGCUGGAGCUGGAGCUGGAGCUGGAGCUGGAGCUGGAGCUGGAGCUGGAGCUGGAGCUGGAGCUGGAGCUGGAGCUGGAGCUGGAGCUGGAGCUGGAGCUGGAGCUGGAGCUGGAGCUGGAGCUGGAGCUGGAGCUGGAGCUGGAGCUGGAGCUGGAGCUGGAGCUGGAGCUGGAGCUGGAGCUGGAGCUGGAGCUGGAGCUGGAGCUGGAGCUGGAGCUGGAGCUGGAGCUGGAGCUGGAGCUGGAGCUGGAGCUGGAGCUGGAGCUGGAGCUGGAGCUGGAGCUGGAGCUGGAGCUGGAGCUGGAGCUGGAGCUGGAGCUGGAGCUGGAGCUGGAGCUGGAGCUGGAGCUGGAGCUGGAGCUGGAGCUGGAGCUGGAGCUGGAGCUGGAGCUGGAGCUGGAGCUGGAGCUGGAGCUGGAGCUGGAGCUGGAGCUGGAGCUGGAGCUGGAGCUGGAGCUGGAGCUGGAGCUGGAGCUGGAGCUGGAGCUGGAGCUGGAGCUGGAGCUGGAGCUGGAGCUGGAGCUGGAGCUGGAGCUGGAGCUGGAGCUGGAGCUGGAGCUGGAGCUGGAGCUGGAGCUGGAGCUGGAGCUGGAGCUGGAGCUGGAGCUGGAGCUGGAGCUGGAGCUGGAGCUGGAGCUGGAGCUGGAGCUGGAGCUGGAGCUGGAGCUGGAGCUGGAGCUGGAGCUGGAGCUGGAGCUGGAGCUGGAGCUGGAGCUGGAGCUGGAGCUGGAGCUGGAGCUGGAGCUGGAGCUGGAGCUGGAGCUGGAGCUGGAGCUGGAGCUGGAGCUGGAGCUGGAGCUGGAGCUGGAGCUGGAGCUGGAGCUGGAGCUGGAGCUGGAGCUGGAGCUGGAGCUGGAGCUGGAGCUGGAGCUGGAGCUGGAGCUGGAGCUGGAGCUGGAGCUGGAGCUGGAGCUGGAGCUGGAGCUGGAGCUGGAGCUGGAGCUGGAGCUGGAGCUGGAGCUGGAGCUGGAGCUGGAGCUGGAGCUGGAGCUGGAGCUGGAGCUGGAGCUGGAGCUGGAGCUGGAGCUGGAGCUGGAGCUGGAGCUGGAGCUGGAGCUGGAGCUGGAGCUGGAGCUGGAGCUGGAGCUGGAGCUGGAGCUGGAGCUGGAGCUGGAGCUGGAGCUGGAGCUGGAGCUGGAGCUGGAGCUGGAGCUGGAGCUGGAGCUGGAGCUGGAGCUGGAGCUGGAGCUGGAGCUGGAGCUGGAGCUGGAGCUGGAGCUGGAGCUGGAGCUGGAGCUGGAGCUGGAGCUGGAGCUGGAGCUGGAGCUGGAGCUGGAGCUGGAGCUGGAGCUGGAGCUGGAGCUGGAGCUGGAGCUGGAGCUGGAGCUGGAGCUGGAGCUGGAGCUGGAGCUGGAGCUGGAGCUGGAGCUGGAGCUGGAGCUGGAGCUGGAGCUGGAGCUGGAGCUGGAGCUGGAGCUGGAGCUGGAGCUGGAGCUGGAGCUGGAGCUGGAGCUGGAGCUGGAGCUGGAGCUGGAGCUGGAGCUGGAGCUGGAGCUGGAGCUGGAGCUGGAGCUGGAGCUGGAGCUGGAGCUGGAGCUGGAGCUGGAGCUGGAGCUGGAGCUGGAGCUGGAGCUGGAGCUGGAGCUGGAGCUGGAGCUGGAGCUGGAGCUGGAGCUGGAGCUGGAGCUGGAGCUGGAGCUGGAGCUGGAGCUGGAAAACAUUCAUGAUUUGUUUCCGCAGCAACGAGGAGUUGUUCCUUUGUCUUUCCACUGA